AUGACCUCCUGGAGACCUCCUAGCUACCAUUACGUUUGCUUCCAAGCUUCAUCGUCAUUGCUGGCGGGAUAUUCCCUUCUCUCGUCACUGUCAUCUCAAUUCUACAAUCCAGAAUACGAUGUAGAACAUCGGGCUAACUACAACGACAAGGACCACGCCGGUAUUGCCGAGGGCACCGUUCUCCCUCAGGAGAACGUCCCCAAGUUCUUCGCUAAGAACGGCUUCGAGGGCGUCGACCCCAAGAAGACCAAGAAGAAUGGCGGAGGCAAGGGCAAUUGGGGUGGACCUGGCGAGGAGAUCGUCGACGAGCAAUUCAAGUUCACCAAUGCCCGUCGCCGUUCUAACAGCAGCGGCUACUCCAACCACCUCCAUGACUUCAAGACCAAGUUUGAGGUCAAUGAGCCCGAGCCCGUCUUCGAGGAGAGCAUCCACGGCCCCGAGGCCGAGGACGAUGAUGCUCUGACCAAGACGGAGAGUUCGUCCAGUGUUGGCAGCACCAUGGACGAGAAGGACCACAAGAACUUGUAA